AUGAAAAAGUAAAAUAGAGACCCAUCAAUUAGUGAGCAUAGACAUGCACAUUUCGAUAUGAUUUCUUAAAAUAGAAGUGAGUUUUUCAACUUCUUUUUUGAAAACAAUGACAUAUUCAAAGUAAUUGAUCCUGAAGACGAAGAAUACUUGAAGGUGAUGCAUUUCAAAUAUUUAAAUACCACAGCUAAUUUUACUUUCGGUACUUUUGGUGCUGUGCUCUUAGUUGAUCAAGUUCUUAUGAGAUUUUUUAUGCCUAACUUUAAAAUUUAAAACUUCAGAUUCAUCUUAAAUACAACAAAAUACAUUGGAUUACCACUUCUUGGUUUCUGGGUGGGCAAAAACUACUUCGCAUAAGAUGUAGAGGAAUCCUACAUUAGAAUGAGUGAUAAAUAUUCUUUCAAUUACUAUGACUAUAACAGAUGUAUGGAUGUCUUAGAGCGUGCUGAAAGAGUAGGUAGAUUAGAUGAGCUAUUAAAAGAAAGAGGCAACUUUGAUUGGACAGGAGUGCCUGAUUUCAGAUCAAAAUUUACUCAAAAAAAUAUUAAUUGA